CAUUUGUAGGGUUUUUUCGUGACAUAAACUUUCGUAGAUCUUAAUUAAUUUUUCAUUUUUAUCAUUAUUUGUUGUGCUUUAAGGCGAUUAAGAAGCAUUUAAAGAUGUCUAGAGUACUUGUUGGAGUUAAAAGAGUCAUUGAUUAUGCUGUCAAGAUUCGUGUUAAGCCUGACAAAACUGGCGUCGUCACAGAAGGAGUUAAGCAUUCAAUGAAUCCAUUCGAUGAAAUUGCUGUUGAGGAAGCAGUAAAAAUGAAGGAAAAAAAAUUAGCAACUGAAGUAAUUGCAUUGUCAGUUGGUCCAGCUCAAUCACAGGAAACUUUAAGAACAGCUUUAGCAAUGGGUGUCGAUCGUGGAAUUCACAUUGAAAUAUCUGGAAAAGAUUAUGAAAUGCUUCAACCUCUACACAUUAGUAAAAUGUUUGCUAAAAUCGCUCAAGAUGAAAAGUGUGACUUAAUAAUUCUCGGCAAGCAGGCAAUUGAUGAUGACUCGAAUCAAACAGCACAAAUGACAGCUGCAUGCCUUGACUGGCCACAAGCUGUUUUUGCAUCCGCAAUUGAAAAGGCUGAUAAUGGACUGAAGGUUGUUAGAGAAAUUGAUGGCGGCUUAGAAACAAUCACAACUAAACUUCCAGCUGUAAUUAGUGCUGAUUUACGUUUGAAUAUCCCACGUUAUGCUACUUUACCGAAUAUUAUGAAAGCUAAGAAGAAGCCAAUUAAGAAGCUGACUGUUGCUGAUGUAGGUGUUGAUAUUAAACCAAGAUAUGAAGUUGUUUCCGUCGAAGAUCCACCAGUUCGUCAAGCAGGCUCAAUUAUUCCAGACGUUGAUACAUUAGUCUCAAAAUUGAAGGAACUUGGACAUGUUUAAUAAGCUUGUUUAGUACAAAAGAUUUAUUCGUAUUUUUGAUGUGCAUUUCCUACAUAUUUUAGACUUGAGGAUACUUUUUGGUGCAUUCUGACGAGCAUGACUAUUCAAAAUGCAUGAAAUUCUAUUCCAUUAAUCCACGAUUUUAUAUUAGUUUGAGUUACAAUCAAUUUUGACAUUAAUUCAAGGAUGUUUUCAUCACAAAUGGUG